AUUUCAACUUCAGAGUUUGGACACGCGUUUUCUGUUUACAUUCUAAAACCAAAAUGAAUCCAAAAGCUGUUUAUAAAUAUUGUAAACAUUUAGGUUGUUGUGAGGCUUGCUGUCUUCGAUACAUGGGAAUAAAAAAUCCCAAUGCCUAUGAGAACGUCGCUAAUUUUGUGCUUAAAUAUCAAGAUGAAGUUGACAAACCAAUGAGGGUUAUUGAACAAAGUCAAAAUAUAGCUUCAAAGAUCACAGAUACAAAAGAAAAUUUAUUUGAUGUAAGCAUAAGAGAAGACCUAAAUAAUUCCAAUGGAAAUUCUUUAGACAUAAAUGGUGCUGAUAGGAAAAUCAGCAAUGGUGAUAGUGAUACUAAUCCACCACCUAGUAAAAGAAGGAAGUUAGACAUCUGUGUAAGUUGUCUCGGGGUACUUCAAGAGGAUAACUGGAUGGAGGGUUAUGUUUUGGUAAAAGAUAUACUAUUCAAAAAGAGGUAUGAAUGUGCUACUUUUGCGUGUGCACUGUCUGCGCCAAUCACAACAUUGCUACGUGAAAGAGCAAUUACACUCCGCCUCGCUGAUGAGUUUCCAGGAUAUGAUGAUAAAAUUCUAACGGCUCUGAAAGAAGCAUGGAAAUGGUCAUUUGGAGUGAAGCUGGCCACAGAAAUCAACAAGACUCUAGACUCAGGUGCUAUCUCACCACUGUUGAUCACACUCAACUAUGACUACGCUGAUGAUUUGCAGGAAUUAGAGAUUCUAAAACAAGUGUCACCGCAACUCUUUGAAGAGAGAAGCAAGCAAAAGAGACGAUUUGUCACAGAAUUCACACGUAGAUCUGUCGAACAGGCGUUGCAGAACGCGAGCUUGCAGUCGCUACGCGCGGCGGGCGGCGGGCUCGCGUGCGCGGGCGCGCGCGCCAUGUGCGUCGGCGCCGUGUGCACGCACGCGCCCAACUACCUGGCCGGCAGGUACAUAAAAUUAAGUCGCCACCUGCCGCAGUCGCCGUGGAUACUGGAAGGGAAACGAGUUUUACCGUCCUCUGUCCAAGAGAUCAUAUACAAACCCUUAGCGGAUUUGUACAACCUGGCCGCCGAGCAAGCGGACGGCCGAUUGAAGCUCAUCGCGGCCGGCCGCGAGGACGUGGACGUGCGCUGCCUGGGAGAGGGCAGGCCGUUCGCCAUCGAGAUAACGGAUCCUACAAGACAGUUGACGCCGGAGGAGCUCGCAAGUGCGUGCGAACAUAUAUCCAAGAGCGGAGAGGUCAUAGUGAAACAAAUUGUACCUAUAACCAGGGAAGAUCUAAUUCAGUUGAAGAAAGGCGAGGAGACGAAAAGCAAAACGUAUGAAGCGAUUUGUAUAAAACUGUCUCACUCCAAAUAUGAUGACGUAUCUCCAGACAGUCCUAUAAAAGUUACUCCAGAAGACUUAGCACGGAUCAAUUCCUUCAGAAAUACUGCUCGUAAUACAAAAGAUACCGAAAAUAAUAUAGAAAAUUCAAAAUCAAUAUGCAAUAUAUCUGGAGGUAUAAAGGAUACUACAGAUAAUCUUGACAAUUGUGAAUCUAUGCACCAAGAUGACAAAGACACAAGUGGAGUUCCUUUGAGAAGUCCAGAUAAUUUUGGAACUGUCAAGGAACCUAAUAGUCAAGAUGUUAAGGAUGCUACAGAUAUUUUGGACAAUUCUACUCCUUUGAAAGUCAAAUUGGCUGAUAAUCCAGACAAUCCUAAUGAUGACAAAAACAAUGAAAUAGAUUUAUCUGUGAAUGUUCUAGAAAUUAAAAAUCGUGAAACGGACGCUGAAAGUGAUAUUGUUGACACACUAAAAAGUGACCAGAAUGUUCUGGACUCUCCAGAUAGUUCAAGAGAUUUUCUGGACACAUCUGUAGAGGUCCGAGAGUCAGAAAAUCGGAAUAACUGUGAAGAUAUCAGAAUUAUGAUACAGCAGAAAACCCCCAUAAGAGUGCUCCACAGGCGGCCCUUACUUACGAGGACCAGACAUAUACUCGAAUUAAAAGCUGUAGAAGUUCCUGAUCACCCGCAACUGUUCCGCAUGUUCGUGCGCACGUCCGCCGGCACCUACGUCAAGGAGUGGGCGCACGGGGAGCUGGGCCGCUCGCGCCCCUCGCUGGGCGACGUGCUGGGCGCGAAGGUGGACAUGCUCGCGCUCGACGUCACAGCCGUGCAUUUACAAUGGCCACCUCAAUAAUACAUACUUUACUACUACAUUUA